CCUGUAAUGUAGGAUAUGAGCUGUGUGUAUGUAAUCCUUCGUCAGAUCGACGCUCAGUUUGAGGCCUGACUGGAUUCCAGUCAUACACGCAGCGCUUCAUUCACUGGCAUAACACAGGACCUAAAGAGAGGAUGCCAGCUCCAAUCAGACUGCGGGAGCUCAUCCGGACAAUCCGGACGGCACGAACCCAAGCAGAGGAGCGAGAGAUGAUCCAGAAAGAGUGUGCUGCCAUUAGGUCAUCCUUUAGAGAAGAGGACAACACAUACCGCUGUAGAAAUGUGGCUAAGCUGCUUUAUAUGCACAUGUUGGGCUAUCCGGCACACUUUGGCCAGCUGGAGUGCCUGAAGCUGAUUGCAUCACAGAAGUUCACAGACAAGCGGAUAGGGUACCUGGGAGCCAUGCUGCUACUAGACGAGAGGCAGGACGUCCAUCUGUUAAUGACAAACUGCAUCAAGAAUGACCUGAACCACAGUACACAGUAUGUGCAGGGACUGGCUUUGUGCACUCUGGGCUGCAUGGGCUCAUCUGAAAUGUGCCGUGACUUAGCUGGAGAAGUUGAGAAGCUCCUCAAAACGUCAAACUCCUAUCUGAGGAAAAAGGCAGCACUGUGUGCGGUUCAUGUCAUCCGCAAGGUCCCGGAGCUGAUGGAGAUGUUCCUGCCAGCAACAAAAAACCUGCUCAGUGAGAAAAAUCAUGGAGUUCUUCACACGUCUGUUGUUCUGCUCACUGAAAUGUGUGAGCGAAGUCCUGACAUGCUCUCGCACUUCAGGAAGCUGGUUCCACAACUGGUACGAAUCCUGAAGAACCUGAUCAUGUCAGGGUAUUCCCCUGAGCAUGAUGUGUCUGGCAUUAGUGACCCUUUCCUACAGGUGCGGAUAUUGAGGCUGUUGAGAAUUCUUGGAAAGGGUGACGAUGAUUCGAGUGAAGCUAUGAAUGACAUUCUUGCACAGGUUGCAACAAACACAGAGACAAGUAAAAACGUAGGCAAUGCUAUCCUCUACGAAACGGUUCUUACUAUUAUGGACAUUAAAUCGGAGAGUGGGCUAAGGGUUUUAGCCAUUAAUAUUCUGGGUCGCUUCCUUCUCAACAAUGACAAAAACAUCAGAUAUGUGGCGUUGACAUCUCUACUGAAGACGGUUCAGACAGACCACAAUGCUGUGCAGAGACAUCGAAGCACUAUUGUGGACUGCUUGAAAGACCUUGAUGUGUCCAUUAAGAGGCGUGCAAUGGAGCUGAGCUUUGCCCUGGUCAAUGGCAACAACAUCCGGGGCAUGAUGAAAGAGCUGCUGUAUUUCCUGGACUCCUGUGACCCUGAGUUCAAAGCUGAUUGUGCAUCAGGGAUCUUUCUGGCUGCUGAGAAGUAUGCCCCAUCCAAAAGAUGGCAUAUAGACACCAUUAUGAGGGUUUUGACAACGGCUGGGAGUUAUGUCCGGGAUGACUCGGUGCCAAAUCUGAUUCAGCUAAUUACAAACAGUGUAGAGAUGCAUGCCUACACUGUACAGAGACUCUACAAAGCCCUCCUGGAUGACAUCUCUCAGCAACCAUUAGUACAGGUGGCAUCCUGGUGCAUAGGAGAGUACGGAGACCUGUUAGUCUCAGGCCAGUGUGAAGAAGAGGAACCUAUUCAGGUUUCAGAAGAUGAGGUCUUGGAUGUUUUGGAGGGUCUUCUUGUAUCUAACUUGUCCACUCCUGUAACGAGAGGUUACUCCCUGACUGCUAUCAUGAAGCUGUCCACCCGUUUCAGCGGUGUGAAUCGAAUUAAAAAGGUGGUGUCAAUAUAUGGCAGCAGCAUAGACGUGGAGCUGCAGCAGAGAGCUGUGGAAUACAAUGCACUUUUCAGAAAAUAUGAUCACAUGAGACCUGCAUUACUAGAGCGAAUGCCUGUCAUGGAAAAAACAGCCACUAACGGUCCAGCAGAGAUUGUGCAGACCAAUGGAGAAACAGAAUCAAACAUACUGGACACAAAACAUCCGCCCAACAUCACUCAACCAACCAGUCAGGCAAAUGAUUUAUUAGACUUGCUUGGAGGUAAUGACGUGGUACCUGUUAUCCAAACAACUGUUCCCACAAAGCCUGCUUCAGCUGGAGGAGAACUGCUUGACCUGCUUGGAGACCUCUCACUGACAGGCACUCCAACCCCCACUCCUGCUGCUCCCUCUGUGCCCAUGUCCCAGUCUGCUUUCCUUUUGGACGGUCUCACCUCGCAGCCCCUCUUCAAUGACAUUGUAGCGGGCAUUCCUCCAAUGACAGCGUACAACAAAAAUGGCCUGAAAAUAGAAUUCACUUUUGAGAGGUCCAACCCCAAUCCCAAUAUUGCAGUAAUCACCAUCCAUGCCACCAAUUCCACUGAGGCUGACAUGACAGACUUUGUGUUCCAGGCUGCAGUACCAAAGACGUUCCAGCUGCAGCUUCUUUCCCCCAGCAGUAAUGUAGUUCCAGCACUCAACCAGGGAAAUGUCACACAGGUCAUCAGGGUUCUGAACCCACAGAAGCAACAGUUGCGAAUGCGGAUCAAGCUGACGUACACUCAUAAAGGCUCUCCUAUUCAAGACCUGGCCGAGGUCAACAAUUUUCCUCCUCAGUCCUGGCAGUGAUUUGCUACCCCCUCUCAAUCUUAAAGACCCCCAGCAAGGGAACUAUGGGAAAGAUGUCCCCUCCCCAUUCCCAAAUUAUCCCCCGUGACAUCACCACAGAUUGCUGCCCUGGGGUUGCAGGGGAAGCAGUGGAAUCUUCCUGAAACUGUCGAGAGUUUAUGGUAUGAAGACGAUAAUGAUGAUGAUGAUUACAGCGACAAUGAUGAAGCAAAAUCACAAAUAUCUGAAUACAUAUCUUUUAAACUUGUUUUGCCCAACUGUCUGUCUCUCUUCUUUCGGGUUAGUGCAACAUGUUCAUACUCACACCUGCACUUAGCGUUGUGCACUCUCUCUCACUCUUAUUGUAGUGUACUCCCUCACAUACAGUCACCCGCUCUGGCUCACCCUGCUGCCCAGGGUCCAUACAUGGAAAACGUCACUCAUGGCCACUCUAGAAAGGAGCUGCUUUGUUUGAUUUGUCUUUUUGUUUGAUUUUUUUCCAUAUUUUUAACCUUGUUAAUGGGUUUGGUGUAUUUUAAAAAGCAAACAAAAUAAUAAUUAUUGAACUUUCAAUGAAUUGCAAAGUCUGAACAUUUGCACCUUAAGCAUUUCAGAAUCAAGAGGAAAAUGGGUUGUGACGGCACCUUAGAUUAUCAUUGUACAUGGCAUUUCUUAAUUUUCCUAUAAGGUUGUCUCAUUAUUGAUCUAAUGUCCUGUAAUAAAGUAUACCAGAUGAAUGCUACGGAUACAAGCUAUGUUGUGGCUGUACCAUAUUUCACAUGACAUCAUCUGGCUCAUUGCCUAUCAAAUGUUUGACUUGAUCACAUGACCUAUCAUUAACUGGCAGGUUAAUACAGCUAAUACCUUGCUUUAUUACUUCUAGGCAGGACUGCUUAUAAAUGUCAUGUUGUGACAAUGAAACAACAUUCAGUUGAGAAACGACUGCGGUAGAUUGAGAGGAUGUUUGUCACUGUUAAAUGAAUAUUCCAGGUUCAAUACAAGUUAAGCUCAAUCAACAGCAUUUGUGGCAUAAUGUUGAUUACUAACCCCAGUUCCGAAAAAGUUGGGAUAGUAUGAAAAAUGCUAAUAAAGACAAAAAGGAGUGAUUUGUAAAUAAUAUUCACCCUUUGCUGUAUUGAAAGCACUACAACUACACAUUAUGAUUUUUUUCCUUGUGAAUUUCAUAGUUUUUUUUUUUUAAAUGUAGAGUAAUUUCAAAUCAGAUGAUUGCAACAUGCUCCAAAAAAGUUGAGACAGGGGAAAUUUAAGACUAAUAACAAUUUGAUGAGUUGAAAUAACAAGGCGAUGUGAAACAGGAGAUGUUAAACAGGUGAGGCAAUCGUGUCAUAAAACUGUGUACUGUAUAAGGAGCCUCCAAAAACAACCUAGUCCUUCAAGAGCAAGGAUAGUUCAGGUCUUGUCAAUUUGCCAACAGAUGCUUCAGCAAAUAAUCCAACACUUUGAGAACAAUGUUCCCCAGAGUCAAACUGGAAGGAUUUUGGGCAUUUCACCCUCUACAGUGCACAAUAUAGUUAAAAGAUUCAAGGAAUCUGGUCAAAUCUUGGUUCAUAAAGGGCAAGACGAAAACCAUCUCUGAUCCCUCAGACAUCACUGUCUUAAAAAACGGCAUUCGUCUGUAAUGGAUAUCAUGAACAUGGGCUUUGGAUUACUUUAGUAAACCUUUGUUAGUCAACACCACUCGCCGCUGCGUGCACAGAUGCAAGUUAAGACUUUAUUAUGCAAAGCAGAAGCCAUACAUCAACACUGUCCAGAAGUGCUGCCGACUUUUCUGGGCUCGGUCUCAUCUUAAAUGGAAAGUAGAACAGUGGAACUGUGUUUUUUGCUCUGAAGAGUCCACAUUUCAAAAAGUUUUUGAAAAACAAAGCCAUUGUGUUAUCCGGGCCAAAGAGGAAAAGGGCCAUCCAAGCUGUUGUUAGCGUCAGGUCCAAUAGCCAGUGUCUGUAUGGGCCAGGGGUGUGUCACAUUUGUGAGAACACAAUUAAUGCAGACAGAUAUGUACAAAUUGUGGAGCAAUAUAUACUGCCAUCCAGCACAGUCUUUUCCAGGUACGUCCCGGCAUUUUCCAGCAGGACAAUUUCAAACCACAUACUGCCCGGAUUUCAAGUACAUGGCUGUGUAAGCAGAGAGUGUGGGUGCUAGAUUGGCCUGCCUGCAGUCCUGAGCUGUCUCCAAUUGAGAAUGUGUGGUGCAUUAUGAAGCACACCAUACGGCAACGAAGACCCUGUACAAUUGUGCAGCUAAAGACCUACAUAAUGGAUGAUUGGGGGAAAAUUCCACUUUCUAAACUUAAACUUGUGUCUUCAGUGCCCAAAUGCUUAAGUGUUAUUAGAAGAAAUGGUGAUGUUUCACAGUGGUAAACACUCGACUGUCCCAACUUUAUUGGAGCGUGUUACAAUCAUCUGAUUUUAAAUUAGUGUACAUAAAAAAAUAAACAAUGAAAUUCACGGAGUAAACAUCAUAUAAUGUUUAAUUGUAGUGCUUUCAAUAUAGCAAGGGGGGAAUAUAAUUUACAAAUUACAUUUUUGUUUUUAUUAGCAUUUUUCAUACUGUCCAUCAUUUCGUAAUUGGGGUUGUACAAAAAAUAAUUUCGAUUCGUCCCUCCUGUGGAGGAAAAUAAAGCAGAAAUCAAGGUUACUUUGAGGCACUUAUAAUGGAAGUGAAUGUGGCCAAUUUUGGGAUGGUUUAAAGGCAGACAUGUGAAGCUUAUAAUUAUAUAAAAGCACUUACAUUUAAAUUAUUUUGUUAAAACUUAUGUAUUCCUUGAGCUGUUAGGUUGAUUAAAUCAUUGUUUUAGGGUUUACAACAUUACGUCAUCAUGGCAGCGAAGUUGUAAAAUUGUCUUUAACUUUACACAGAAACGGUUACUAAGCAUUACUCAUUUUUAUCACACUAAAAUCAUUUUACACACACAUUGUUUAUGUCUUGUGUCUGUACUGAAAAAGUGAGUAUUUUAAUGUUUACAGGUUGGCCCCAUUCACUUCCAUCGUAAGUGCCUCACUGUAACCUCGAUUUUUGCUUUUUUAAAGAAAAGAAGGGACAAGUAAAAAUUUAUGUUGUGGUAAUCAACAUUAUGCAACAAAUGCUGUCAAUUGAGCUUAACUUGCGUUGAACCCUGUCAAUUACUUGAAUGCAAAUUAGAUGAGUUCUCAAUCAUAUAAUCAUCAGUAGCUUUAUAUCUGCCAAACUGGACACUUUUCCACCCUCCAAACUUCUUAAUUUGACAUUUAGUUAUUUUGUUUAACUCUAUUCAUCUCAGAAUGUAUGUUCUUGUAUUGUUUUUAAAUAUUGAAAUAAGUUAUAUAGAAUAAAUUAGUAUUCUUAUUCCAUCUUAAAGGAUUGAAACCUAUUAAAAUUAGUAGCUGGACAGUGUGAUUUAAAUUUAAAAUUGAUUUCUCACUAAAUUAACUAAACUAGAGGCCCACCAAUGUAGUUGUUGCAGGUAGGUUAUAAAAUGGUUAUGGUCAGCAUAGAUGCUGUAAAUAUAGACGUAUGACAAUUAAAGCCUUUCUGAAUGUAGUUAUAUGCACUGAAUGGACACUUUUUUUUAAUUAUUUUGUUUGACUUUAAAGGUGUUUCGUUUUUUCUGCAGUGAUUUGAAGUACAGAAUUAUUGCCUGAUUUAAAGCAAUGUGCCUUUUGUCCUAACUGGUUAAAAGAAGACCCUCAGACAUCUGUAAGACAAGCAGUUACAUUUCAUCAUUACAGGAAGAAAACAUGAUGUCUGAAGAGUAGAGGACCUUUUUGUUUUGCUAUCAUUUCUCUUUCUCAUUCAGAGGCCGUCUUAAAAGUCAAAUAUCAAGUGUGUCCCAGGCUGUCUCUUCUUGCAGCUUUUGAAGCCAGUUAGAAACAUUAACCUAAAUAUAUAGCUCACAUUGUCUUUUUUUGUCAUUCUGUCAGCUUUGAAGAGGACUGUUUCAUCAAGUCAUUGAAAGCUCUCAAGUCGCCUUGGUGGAAAACCUUAUAGCGUCUGUACACUUGCAUCUUUACUUACAGAGUUUACUGCUCUCUCGCUGCUCUUCAUUUUAGUUUUAAUCUACAUCAAUUGCAUUCAUUAUGCCACACUGAAGUCUGGUGACCAAAUCAAGAGAUGUUCUUUGGGCUUGGGAAAUAUUUUUUAGCAAUGUUAUGUAUAUGGAGAAAAAUUAUUUCAUUCUGUUAGCUUCUUUGUAUUUUGUUGCAGUUCUUAAAGAUGCUUUCUUGGCUUUUUCUGUACAUACCGAAGGCUUUUAAGAUGCAUCAUCUGUUUUCAUCCCUUUUUAAGAUACCAUUUUCUAAUCUUCCUUCUAGUACUGCACAGUGUAUAAUGUUUGAAGCUCUCCCACAGAAAAAUCUAAUUUAACAACUCACCUGUUUAAUUGUGUCUUGGAAAGAAAAUGUACUGUGUGCUGCCUGUAUAUUGUAUAUAAUUGUAAAACACAUCAAAAGGAUCAAAUCAAAUAAAAAUCCCAUUUAAAGACUA